ACCAACGCCGGACUUCAUCAUUCUAUCCUGUUUCAACGUUCCUUCUCCUAACACUCGAGAAACUCAAGCUUGCGCUGCCCAAUCUCGUAAUUAUCGGACUGCAUAUAACUCAGUCUAUUUUCGACAUUCAACACGCAUGUCGCUCUCAAAAUCCAUGUACUCGUUCGAAACUGCAGUGCUACUACACACGACCUUGGAGUUUUCAGUGAUAACGGAUCGGCUAGUCAGUUGAUAAGACCACUGUUCGACCCAACAUGGCGUCAGGCCAAGAGGAACCGCGAGUUUCUACCGUUGGCAACACUGAAACCGACCUGCAGGCUCUGUUUGACAGUGUAUUAACCCCUGGUGCAAAUCAUCCUCAGCAAGUGCCAUGGAGUAAGAGAAAGCUGCCGGACUCCUUCUUCAAACCUCCGACCACAGGUUCUAAAAGCGUUGAUCACUCAAGAGAGAAUUCUUCAGAUUCAGGUGCCUUCACUUCUUCCAGUAUAUUCACAACUUCUCCAGUAUCCCCGUUGAACUCGAUACCAUUGCAGACUGUGCAUCACAGGGCGCACAGUUCACCAGCAUCCUUACAGCAGACACAGCAGUUCGGUGAGAUGCAUUCCUGUAGCCAACACAACAAACAAAACUCUUACGAUAUGGUCCAGAAGCUUGCUAAUACGCCACUACCAUACGGAUGGGAAGAAGCCAGAACCCCAGAAGGUCAGAUCUAUUAUCUCAACCACGUCACCAAAACCACCACUUGGGAAGAUCCAAGAAAGGCAGUAAAUGGUAGGGCGACCACUCAGCUAACAGUUGGACCACCAAAGAUGACUAACGAGCUCUUAGGCCCUCUUCCAGAAGGAUGGGAGCAGAGUGUAACACCAGAAGGUGAAAUGUACUUCAUCAACCACAUGAAUCGUACCACAACUUGGUGUGACCCGAGGAUACCAGCUCACCUACAACAAGCAGCUUUUGGUAACACUAUGGCGACGCCUUGGUACAACUUAUCAGAGAGCAACGCUUUGCACAUCAAGCAACAGGAUCUUCGGUUGCAGUUGUUACAUAUUGAGAGGGAGAAGUUGAAGGAAAGGAGAGAGGAGUUGAGGAAGCAGUUAUUGGUGAAGAGUGGCGCUAACAAAAUUGGGAAUUUCUCAACCCUUGACCACUCCCGUCAAAAAUCAUCAGAUAGUGCUGUUGGGGAUUCCCUGAAAGACUGGAUACCCGAAGAAAUCUCCAUGGACAACAACCAGACGUUUCUCUGCAGUGCUGGUAGCAUGGGCAAUGAUGGUCAACCUUUGGAUAUACCGUAUAUACCGGAUCUCGGUGAUGAUCUGCAGUAUUCCGAGGAUCUUUUACAGACGUUGCAGAUUGAGAGAGACUAUUGAUUGUGUGUUACUCGAUGUUGCUAUUUUUAUACCAGUAGACCUUUUAUUAAUGAAAAGAUUUUUUAACAACAA